AUGGCACUGCUCCCGAUGGCUGUAGAGUUACGUAGAAAACACAGUAACAACGCUUCCAAACAACGCCUAUCCCAUGACGAGAAGAAAAAGAGGUUCCUUGACUACUUGCACGAGACCAGAGAUUUCUACCAGGUUGGCUGGAUUUUACUGCAUGUGCUCAUCGAUCCAACCUCGACACAGCUGAAGGAGCUCGAGAAGAGUGUCCCGAAGGCCAAAGGAAUCGUCGCACAGAGCAUCAAAGAUAUCCUUACUGAGCUGUGCAACGAUAGUGCUGUAUCGCAGGAGAAGAUUGGGACGAGCAAUUACUACUGGUCUUUCCCGAGUGAUGCGGCGAAGAAGGCUGAGGACGACCAGACCACACUGACAAAGCAGGUGGCUGAGGGUACUGCCAUCCUCAACGCUGCGAUUGCUACAUUCGAUCAACUGCAGGAGGAUGGCUAUGAGGACACACUCGAGCGGCAAGAGCUUGUUAGUGAGUAUCUCAGGCUGACAAGCGUGGCGAAGGACAGAGAGGAGGAGCUGUACAGGGCUAGGAAGAGUGGAAGUGCAGCACUCGAUGAGAAGCGCAAGUACAAUGCCUUAGCCAAGGCUCAAGUGGAGAGCUACACAGAUGGAACUAUCGCAGCACUAUCUAAAAUGGCGCAGACAUUCAACAUGAGUGAGAGUACACUACGUGAGAGCUUCCAAGUAAAUGAGGAGUACGAGGAUGUCAUGUAA